GGCUUAUUAGAGCAGAAACAAGAGCUUAUGUAAAAUAUUUGGCUGAAAACGAAAAAAUAUCAACAAGGGAAAUUAUUGAGAAAACUGGCAUUUCACGUGCUUCGGUAUAUCGAAUUAAAGCAGCAAAAAAAUCUCUGACUAACACAACUAAUAAAGGCAAUCAUGCCGGCGGUAGACCUAGGAAGUUGGACUCACGUGAUGAGAGAAAGCUUAUACGCACAUUAAAACUGCUAAGAAAAGAAGAAGGGCAGUUCUCGUCUAAGCGUCUAAUGGAAAGGGCAGGGAUACAAGAAAGCCAAGUAAGCAACC